GAUAUAAGCCUCUAUCUAUCUUCCAAAUCUCUCAUCCAUAUCCUCAAGGGGUAAAAGCUAGAUCUUCACAAGAUAUGGGUGUCUUCACAUUUGUAUGUAAGAUUUCCGGUGACGAGUGGAGCGGCAAGCAGAUAACCGGCGACCUUUGUGCCUCCGCCCCUUCUACGUACGAUCUCCAGAGAAAGUUAGUCAACGCCGCUCUGUCCUCUGAUUCAUCAGGCGGUGUCCAAUCAUCUUUCUCCUAUGUAUCUCCGACUUCCGCUGUCUUUCAGGUUGUUAUUGGUGGAGGAGGAGGUGGUGGUGCUUUUGUAGGUGGAGGAGGCGCUGCUGCAGCUUCUACUGGAGGAGCAGGACAAGCUGCCGAAGCUCCUGCUGUGGAGGAGAAGAAGGAAGAGAAAGAAGAGAGUGAUGAUGAUAUGGGUUUCUCCCUUUUUGAUUAGUUUUUUUACAUUAUGAAUCUCAUACAUGGAUUUCUACAUUUUAUUCUGCUUUCAUCUUUGGGCCAGUAUUGUGAUAUUGGCUAGUUGUUUUCUUUUCAUGAAUAAUUUCCAGGUAAUCUAUUAUCUCUGAGUUUACCUUCCAUA